AUGUGUCAUACAUCUUCCGACGCAGUUUCACGUGCUGGUUCCGAAUAUGCCAUUGAGAUGGCCAGAACUAAACAAACUGCAAGAAAAUCGACUGGUGGAAAAGCUCCUAGAAAAACGGUGGCAUUUCAGUCAUAUGCAAAACGUCAAAAAGCCAUUGCUCAAACAACUGGUAAACAGUUAACAGAAGCUCAGUUGGAAGAACAAGCACCCACUGCUGUGACACAUGAUGUUUCAUAUGAAAGUAGUUUUUAUGCUCAUUAUUUUCAAACUGGUAUUGAAAGUGAAAAAAUAUUUGCGCCUUACUACAGUGUGGCAAGUACAACCGAUCCAUCGAAUGGUGAUGUUCAGAACUGGCUUAGUUUUUAUUUUAACAGUAAAUAUGAUGGUUCAGGUAUCAAAGAAAAUCGUCCUCAAUUAAAUUUGGUUAUUACAUUAGAUAUUUCGGGCAGUAUGAGCUCACCAUUCGAUGGUGAAAGAGAUAAAACAAAAAUUCAAGUUGCACAACAAUCACUAUUAACACUAAUGAAACAAUUACGUUCAACAGAUUCAUUGGGAAUUGUUUUGUUUAAUCAUGAUGCAACUGUUUUGCAACCAUUACAAAAAUGGAGUGACGUUGAUUCAAUACAAUUGGAGAAAAAAAUUUUAAAACUAAGAGGAGAUGGAGGAACAAAUAUCACAAAGGCAAUUCAAUCUGCAACUGCUUUAUAUAAAGAGGCAAAAGAAGGCAAUAGUUCAAGCAGUAGAAUAUUUUUUCUAACCGAUAUGGAAGUUAGCCGAGAUGAUGGUGAAAGUUUUUUGAAUAUAAUUCAAAAAAAUAGUGAUAAUGCAUUAUGGUCAACAGUUGUCGGUGUUGGACUUGAUUUAGGAGAAAAUGUAAUUCAAACAGUUAGUAAAACAGCUGGAUGUAAUUAUUGUAAUGUUCGAUCAACAACAACAUUUGACGAAUUGAUGAAUGCUGAAUUUGGUUAUACUGUUACACCAUUAGCGUUUAAUAUACAAUUGAAAAUGGAUUCAAAACGAUAUUUUGUUCAAGCCGGUUAUGGUUCACCGGAAGUUCAAAAUUUGAAAAGUGGUGAAACAUUAACGUUGUCAACCGAAUUUCCAUCACCAAAAAAUUUGAACGGUGAAACACGAGCUGGAUGUUAUUUAUUAAAUAUAACAGACAGAAAUAAGACUGAUAAAAAAACAACAGAACCAUUCAAAAUGAUUGUGUCAUGGGAUAAUACAUCAGGUUUACGUCAAACAGAUGAACAAACAUUACAAUUUAUCCCAAAUAAUUAUGGAAAUUCUGGAAUUAGAAAAGCAAUAUUGUUGGUACGAUAUACCGAGUUUAUUAAAAAAUAUUUAGAGCUGAGAAAUUCGGAUGCAACCGCGUCUGCUAAUAUACUUGAACAAUAUCAAGAAAUGAGAAAAAAAUUUCCAAAAAUUGUUGAACAUUUUAAACAAGAAAUGGAUCUAAUUGGAGAUCCAUCACUCAAUGAUGAAGAAUACAAACAUCUUCUUGAUAUAGCUAAAAUGGAUGACAUUCCAUUGAAUAACGAUAUAGUUGCAACUCCUGAACCUGCAACUACAACUGUACCUGUUCUAUCAAAUGAAGUAUGCGAAAGUGGUACAAAACGAAAACAUGAUGGUGGUGGUGAUGAUGAGAAAAUAAAUUUGGAAGCACUACCGAGAAAACAAUUGCAAAAUUUAGCAAAAAUACACAAUAUUAAAGCGAAUUUGAAAAAUGAUGAAAUUAUCCUACAACUGAAAGCAAUUGUGGGUAAAAAUAAACGUGAAAAAGCAACGACAAGCAAAGAUGACGAUGUUAAUUUGUGUUGUGUAUGUUUAACAGCAAUUAGUUCUAUUGUUCUUGAACCUUGUAAACACAAUUGCUUAUGUGCGGAUUGUUUCAAAAAUGGUAUUGACAAAUGUCCAUUGUGUCGUGAAAAUAUUACGGCUAAAACAGAAAUAUUUUUCUUUUGUAUAUUGACAAAAAUGACAGAUAUUGAAAGUGAAAAAAGGAAAGCAAAUCCGAAUAUUGUUAAUAUUCAUAAUCCAUUUUUUUUAUGGGAUCUGAAUGAUGAUGAAGAUAUACUGGCAGCAGUAAACACAUUAAAUGAAACCGAUCGUAGUCGUUUAUAUUGGACAUGUCAUUAUCGAAAACGUGAUAAAAUAUGUAACUUUUUGUUAGAAAAUUAUUCGGGUGUUCGAAUAGCACAUGAUGCAAUGCAAAUGAUUAGUCAGUUUACAAAACAUCCUGAUAAACAAGUUGAUUUUUCCAACGUACCACUUCCAUUUCCCUUGCCAACAUCACCCAAUUUUAUCGUAUAUGAAAUUAAAGAGCCAUCAUUUAUUCCAUCGGCAGGAAAACCGUUAAAAUUUAAUGUUUAUGAUCGUGAAAAGAAUAAAAAAUGUGUCAUCUACAAGCACGGUGAUGAACUCGAGCAGGAUGCGUUGGUUAUUGCUGUUAUGAAAGAAAUGAAUUGUAUAUUUAAAGAAGAAUCUGUUGAUGCUGAAGCUGUUCUCUAUGAAGUUCUUCCAAUUGAUAAAACCGAAGGUUUAAUUGAAUGUGUAGAGAAUGCGCAUCCAUUUUUAGAAUUUGUAAAGGCGAAAAACGGAACUGCCUCUAAAAAUGGUGAAAGUACUGAUGAUUUGAAACAAUUUAUUGAAAAACGACCAGAAGGUCGUGCGAAUCUAUUACGUUCGUUUCUUGGUUUUGUUGUAUCCGGUAUUCUAUUGCGUCUAGCAGAUAGACAUGAUGAUAACAUUUUAAUAACAGAUGAUGGAAAAAUAUUGCACAUCGAUUUUGGAAAAGCAUUUGGUCAGUUGACAAAAUUAGAACGUUUAUUAAGCCUUUUUAUGGAUAUACCAAAUUCACCAUUCUCGGAAGAUGUCUUUAUCGCUAUAAUUGGUAAUGAUGAUGAAGAACAAACAUCGAAAUUAUGGGAAGAAAUUAAAGAUCGUAUAUGGUUAUGUUUUGAUGCAUUGAGGAAACAUAAAAAUCGUUUUCGUCCAUUGGAAGAGAAAGAUGAUCAUUUUCAUGAGACAUUAAUGGUUUCAUUGAACGACGAAAAAGCACGAGAGGCAUUGAAUGUUGAAAUUGAAAAAUGUUAUAAUAAUCGAUUCAAUGCUGCUAGAGGUUAUUAUUACAAUGCACAACAAAAUUUUGUGUUGGAAGAAAAUUCUCAUUUAAUAUCAAUGAUUAUGGAUUAUCAAAGUAAAGGUCGAACAAUGGAAUGUAUGGAGCAUCAACGAAUAUUACAUCGAAAUUUAAGUUAUUUAAUACAAUUUGCUCCUGCAAACGAACAAAUUCAUUCAUCAUCUUUACUAACUACCUCGAGUGGAAUGAUGCACCCAAACCAGCAAUCAUCUCAAACGACUAUUCCAAUAUCGACAAAUUCUGAUCAAAUGUAUCGAACAAAUACAAAUAGUCCCGGCUCAAACAAUCUUAUCACGAAUAGCAAAAGUCCUCUCCCAUUACCACCAAAUCCGUUUCAAUCUCAAAAUUCAACUCCAUCCCAGCAACAACCAACAAUAUAUCCUCAGUCAAAUUCUACUGUUCAGCAGCGUUCUCCAGCUGCUCAAAACGGUCCAUCAGCGUCACCUAAAGCACCAACUCCUCAGCCAUCAAUUUCAGCUUCGCAUCAUUUGUCAGCCAUGUCUCAACAACAACAACAAGCGAACGCAGCUUAUCCAAUACGUCAACAAUAUCCUACACUCCAGCAACCAAUGAUCAAUGCAAUACCUCCAACAACUCAACAGCAGCAACAAAUGCAACCUCCACGACAAAAUUCUAUGAUGAAUGGAAAUGAUCAUCACAAUCAAAUUCAACAUCAAUCGAUGAGCCCAGCAGCACAGCACUUUAUUCAACCAAACUCGCCUUAUGUCGUACAACAAACACCCCAGCAUUAUACGAGCGGCAAUCAACAAACAAGUAUGAUGAAUGGAAUGAAUUAUGGUCUUUCACAAAAUGGAAUGCAAAUACCUCAGCAACAGCAUUAUGUAAAUCAAGGAUUAUAUCAGAAUCCAUCAAUGAAUAGUCUUACAAAGCCAAAUUCUCCUUUGAAUACACAAAAUCAAAUAUUACAACAACCACCACAGCAAGUAUCUAAUUCACAGUCGUCGUCACAAAGUACAAGUCCUAAAAUUAAUAAUCAAGUGACAAAUUCUCAAGUAUUAAAUCAAAAUCAGCCUCUCCCAAACACAACAACUCAAAAUAUUGUGGGUAAUCCAAUACCACCUCCAAAUCAUCAAAUACAGCAACAGCAACAUUUAUCUCAAAUGUCUCAAAUGAAUUCCAUGUAUGGCAGUGUGGGACAUAAUCCUUACUCUCAACAACAUCCACAAAUGCACGCUGGUGGCCAAUAUAUGAAUCCAUCAUAUCAUCCAUAUGCUCAAACACAAAUGAAUCAAAUGGGUGGAGGAAAUAGAAUGAUGAUGCAUGCUCCAGCUGGCUAUGGAUACACCAUGCCUCAACAACAACAGCAGCCACCUCCUCAAGGGAUGAUGGGUGGUCAUGGAAUAAAUCAAUAUGGAUCUUACGGACAAUAA